UUCCAUUUGAUCAGCUAUGUAUACUCACAACUCAAUCAAUGCGCCCCCUCCUCCAUACACUCCUUUGGCACCCCCUGGCCGACCGAGCGCCAAACCCUCCCUCGCCAAUUUACCUCUACACAUCGUCCAUCGCAUUCUUAUACUUACACUCGAUCAGAAGGCCACUCCCAGUAAAUUUUGGUCAGAUCCUGAUGAAGAAAGGGUCAGAAGGCUUUGGGGGAUGUUUAGAGGUCUCCGAGGGGUGAAUCGCGUUUUCUGGCUGGUGGCUACUUCAAUACUUAGAGCUCAUUACCUACCUUUCUACCUUGCCCUUGUUAAGCCGUCAUACUCCUCCGACCCCUUCCCGUUGGAAUCAUCCACCCUCGCUUCUCCAUCCCUAUCAAUCGAUCCCUCUAAUCUGGGUGACGUCUACGCAAUGAGAGGCCGUGAGACGGCGGUUCUCGACAAAUUCGUGGCUACAAGAGUAGGUGAGGAGCUCAGGCGGAUGGAAAGUGAACUCUCAGAAGGAAGUGAAGCCGAGAGAGACAUAUUUGGGAGACUACAGCCCUCUGCACGAAGCGAGGACCUCCUUUCCACACUCCCACAAACCCUCAUAACACCCACCACCCUCCUUCCAUCGCCCCCUUCUCCGAAGCGCGCUCUCCCUCUCCCACAAUCCCUAGUCAGUAUCAAUUUCACCCCGACUUGGGCCCAAUUAUACAUAAACGCCUCUCCUGUGGCGCUCACCAAGGUUGGUGGAGGACGGGAGAUGGUUGUGGAAGUCAGGAGGGUAGAUAGGGAGGGGAAUAUGAGAUCGUUGGAGGGGACGGUGAGGAUGAUUGGGGAAGCGUUGGAAGAUAUGAGGAGGGGGCUUGUGAAAUGGGGUGGGAGAGUAGGGUAAUAUGAAUUAGCUUAUUAAAGGCAAUACAGACACCGCGAACGACUGGAAGAUUUCGAGGAAAGGCCAUAAUCGUUCACAAAACGAAAUAUUUGACAGUAAGAAAUCAUUGUAUUUUACUGAUUUGAUGUAUACAUAGCUUCGUAUAACCAGAUGCGAUGGGCAGCAAUAAAACAAUGUGGAGCGAUAAUCGAGGAUCGAGAAAAGAGGAUGACAGAUAUUUUAUAAUUGAACAUGGCCGAAGUAGGUCAUAUCAACAACUCGCGAUGAGUAUCUGUUGGGAAAAAUUAUUAAGACGAGGCUGCGGGACAAACAACACUUGUUCUUUACGCUGCUCUUAUUUUCAGAAAAAGUAC